AUGGAGAAUUUUAACGUCCCACAAAGGGAGUCAACCACACCUCCAGUCCCCUCUGCGAGGUCGAGCAGCCUAUUGGACCAGGAAAAUCAGCCACCAGUUCGUCAUUACCGGAGCAUGCUGGUUGUCGAUGCUCCGUCUCUUGGGCCUCACAAACCCAUUUCAUAUGAGGAGCUCUACAUAAAUCCAUCGCUCGCCGCCGCAAACGGUUCGAUAGCAUCGCCUGCGCCUACCGAAGGCAAGCCCUCCACACCCAAGCCGUCGUCUCCGCCGAGUUCUGACCUUAAGCCCCUAGCCUCGGCUGCAAUCUCUUCAGGCCCUAUCGUCAAUGACAGCAGGAACAUUGUCCGAAGGAAGCUAACUGGCUACGUCGGUUUUGCUAACUUGCCAAACCAAUGGCAUCGCAAGAGUGUCCGCAAGGGAUUCAACUUCAAUGUCAUGGUAGUUGGUGAAUCUGGCUUGGGUAAAUCUACGCUCGUGAACACUCUGUUCAACACCUCUCUCUACCCGCCCAAGGACCGCAAGGGACCCAGCCUUGACAUAAUACCCAAGACCGUCUCUAUUCAAUCCAUCAGCGCAGACAUCGAGGAAGCUGGUGUUCGUCUACGCCUAACUGUUGUUGACACCCCUGGUUUCGGAGACUUCGUGAACAACGAUGAGUCGUGGAGACCUAUUGUUGACAACAUCGAGCAGCGUUACGAUGCCUACUUGGAUGCCGAGAACAAGGUGAACCGCAUGAACAUUGUUGACAACCGUAUCCAUGCUUGUGUCUUCUUCAUCCAGCCCACUGGCCACUCUCUGAAGCCUUUGGACAUCGAGGUUAUGCGUCGUCUGCAUACCAAGGUGAACUUGAUUCCCGUUAUCGCUAAGUCGGAUACUCUUACCGAUGAAGAGAUCACUGGCUUCAAGUCCAGAAUUCUCGCGGACAUCAAGCACCACGGUAUUCAGAUCUUCGAGGGUCCUCGAUAUGAGUUGGACGACGAGGAGACCAUUGCUGAGAACAACGAGAUCAUGUCCAAGGUACCAUUCGCCGUUGUCGGUGCCAACAGCGAAGUUACCAAUGCCGAUGGACGCAAGGUCCGUGGCCGUCGUUACCCGUGGGGUGUUAUCGAGGUCGACAACGAGGAGCACUGCGACUUCGUCAAGUUGCGCCAGAUGCUCAUCCGAACUCACAUGGAAGAGCUCAAGGAACACACCAACAACAGCCUCUACGAGAACUACCGUACUGAUAAGCUCACCGCAAUGGGUGUUGCUCAGGACCCCAGCGUCUUUAAGGAGGUCAACCCUGCCGUCAAGCAAGAGGAAGAGCGUGCCCUGCACGAGCAGAAGCUUGCUAAGAUGGAGGCUGAGAUGAAGAUGGUGUUCCAGCAGAAGGUGGCGGAGAAGGAGAGUAAGCUGAAGCAGAGCGAAGAAGAGUUAUACGCUCGUCAUAGGGAGAUGAAGGAACAGCUCGAACGCCAACGGAUGGAACUCGAGGAGAAGAAGGCGAGAGUCGAAAGUGGACGGCCGAUAGAGAAGGAGGGCAAGCGAAAGGGUUUCUCUCUGCGCAAUUAA